CGGCGGAGCUGCUGCUGAGGCCGGCCGCCCCCCUCUACACCUACGAUAUGACCCUCGACCCCGCCGCCGCCGCCGCCACCGCCCUCGCCUCCGAAGCCACCUCCCUCGCCUCCUCCUCAGCCGCCGCCACCACCCCUCCACCCGCCACCCCCUCCACCUCCACCUCCACCACUCCCCUGCUACCCCCCGCCCCGGGCCCGGGUCCCAGUGCCCAUGCGGCCGCCCUGGCCAGCCUUCCGGGUCGUCUGGCGGUGCUGGAGGCGCGGGUGGUGGGGGUGGCGGAGCGGGUGGUGCGGGAGCCGCUUGGGGUGGACCCGCUGGAGAGGCAGCAGGCGGACAGGCUGGCCGGUUUGCUGGCCCGUCUGCGUUCAGAGGCGGGCGCCGACGUGCGCGACACCGCGGCCCGGGACACCUGGCGACUGGUGGGGCUGUCGCAGCGGGGUCCGCCGC